AUGCAGAACAGUGGUGAGUCAAUCGAUGCAUUUCACACUCGUUUACAACGUUUGGCGAACACUUGUGAUUUCACCGAUAAAUCUCAAGAGGUCAAGUCUCAAAUAAUACGUGGUUGCACCUCAGCCCGGCUCAGACGUCGUGCGCUCAGGGAGGAAACUACGCUCGAUAAUUUAUUAAGUUCUGCUCGUUCAUUCGAAGUGUCUGAAGUUCAAGCGACUGGAAUGGAGGGAAGAAACGUCCCCAGUGCGAGUGCAACUUCAGUGAAUACAAUCAGAAAACAUCGCCAACAACGACACCGUCCACAGCGCAACGGCAAGUCUCGGCAAGAUAAACAGUCGACUAAACAAUCUUCUAAAUGCUAUAAUUGUGGUGGAAGCUAUCCACACGAUACCGUAUGCCCAGCAAAAGGCAAGUCUUGUAAUUCAUGUGGUAAACUUAAUCACUAUGCGAAAUGCUGUCGUUCAAAGGGUAAAUUAAAGCAGUCUGAAAAAGCAGAAAACGUCAAAGCUGUUCAUCAAUGGGAUCACACAUGUAGCUCCGACAAUGACUACUGCUUUACUGUGACACAAUAUUCGAACAGUCAGCCCAGAAUAACAUUAUACAUAGAACAGACACCAGUUACUUCAUUGAUUGAUACUGGUUCUACUGUGAAUUUAAUGAGUCUGGAAACCUACAAACACCUGAAAAACCAACCAAAGUUGCACAUGCAAAGCACCAGUAAUGUAUACGCAUAUUGUAGCAGUGAACCGUUAAAUAUAGUUGGUACUUUUCAUGCUAAAUUGCAAUACAAGGACCAUAACACUGUAGCAGAAUUUCUUGUAACCAAGAAAAAUGGAGACACAUUACUAGGAUAUACUACUGCAUCCAAGCUGAGUAUAGUGUAUAUUGCAUAUCAGAUUACACCAGGCAAAUCACUUACUGACCAAAUAGUUACAAAGUAUAGUGACAGAUUCAACGGCAUUGGCAAACUGAAAGGAGUCCAGUGUGUACUUCAUGAAGACAAAACUGUAAAGCCUGUUGUACAGCCACAUCGUAGGGUACCGUUUCAUGUUCGUGCAAAGACAGAAGAAGAGCUACAGAGACUGUUGAACUUAGAUAUUAUUGAACGGGUUGGAGAUGAGCCAACAUCAUGGGUGUCACCUAUAACCGUGGUAGAAAAGCCGAAAAAACCAGGUGAGAUUCGGAUCUGUGUUGACAUGCGAUCAGCAAAUAAGGCAAUAUUGCGUGAACGCCAUGUCACACCAACGCUUGAUGACAUAAUUGCUGACUUAAAUGGAGCAACUGUGUUCUCAAAACUUGAUUUGAACUCUGGGUACCAUCAGAUAGAGUUAGCUCCAGAGUCUCGUCAUCUAACCGUAUUCUCAACACACAACGGUUUAUACAGAUAUAAACGUCUUAAUUUUGGUGUGUGCUCAGCAGCCGAAGUAUUUCAGAAUAUGAUUAGAUCUGCACUGCAAGGCUUGAAGGGAGUACUUAACAUAAGUGACGACAUACUAAUAUAUGGUCGUGAUCAGCAAUGUCAUGAUGCCAACCUAGAAGCAUGUCUCAAACGACUCCGUGAUCGUGAAAUUACACUAAAUCAGCAGAAGUGCAGAUUCAGCAAGGGCACAGUCGAAUUUUAUGGGCAUGUAUUCAGUAAGGGUGGAGUUUCACCAGACCCCAAGUAA